AUGUCUUCUUCCUCCCCAGCAAAAUCUCUCCGCCAACUUCUUGGUGCUCCUCCAUCAACCGCUUCAGUCCAAGACUCCACUCUGAUCAUCAUCGACGCUCAAAAUGAGUACGCUUGCGGCCACCUCCAGAUCGAGGGCGUCUCUGACAGCCGCAAAGUAAUUUCAGACCUUUUGACCAAGUACCGCACCAACGGUACUCACAACGGCAGCAACAUCGUCCACGUUGUUCACCAGACCCCACCAGGCGCACCCGUCUUCACACCGGGCACACACCUAGAAAAUGAGUUCGACGAACUCACUCCUGUGUAUGGGGAGAAAGUUAUCAGCAAGAACUUCCCUAGUUCUUUCGCCCAGACGGAAUUGCACGAGUACUUGAGCAGUCUCGGAGCUGUUGGGAAGAAGAUCGUGCUGGUCGGCUAUAUGGCGCACGUGUGUGUCUCUACGACUGCCAGGGCUGGCAAUGAACUUGGUUAUGAGGUUGUAGUCGUGCGUGAUGCGGUGGGCGAUCGGAAUAUUCCUGGAGUGGAGGCUGCAACUUUGAAGGAUGUGGCGUUGAGUGAGCUGGAGGAUGCUUUCGCGACGGUUGUCUCUGCUCGUGAUAUUACUGCCUAG